AUGUCUGAACAGGUGAUCUCUGAUCAUAGCGAGGUAGAUAAUGAUCAUGAAAACGAGACUUCUGAAACGGAUCAAGAUGACAUAGAUAUUCUUGGUGAAUAUGAAGACGAUGCAGAGGAAAUCGAAUUAUCACAUAUGCGCAUUAAAGACCUGUCUAGUUUAAACUUUGCUCGGUUUCAAUGUUUAAAGAAAUUAUGUCUUCGACAAAAUCUUAUUACCAAGGUUGAAUAUUUUGAAGCUAUGACAAACUUAGAAGAUCUUGAUCUUUAUGAUAAUCGAAUAUCACAUAUUGAAAAUUUAGAUAAAUUAAAAAAUUUAGUAUCGUUAGAUUUAUCUUACAACAAAAUCAAAGUGAUUGAAAAUUUAGAAGACCUUACUUCUUUAAAAAACAUAUAUUUUGUUCAAAACAAAAUAACAAAUAUUCAAAACUUGGAUUCACUCAUAAAUUUAAUCAAUUUGGAGUUGGGUGGAAAUCGCGUUCGGGUCAUAGAAAAUUUGGAUAAGCUCGUUAAUUUGGAGCAACUUUGGCUUGGCAAGAAUAAAAUCACAGUGUUAAAGAAUAUGGAAAAUUUAAGGAAUCUCAAGAUUUUAAGUAUUCAAAGUAAUCGGCUGACCCAAAUAAAAGGACUUGAGGGACUUAUUAAUUUGGAAGAGAUUUAUUUGAGCCAUAAUGGCAUAGAUGAACUUGGAGGAUUUGAAAAUAAUAUGAAAUUAAGGGUAAUUGAUAUUAGUAAUAACGACAUAAAGCAUAUUGAAAAUAUCGCACACUUAGAAAAUUUGGAAGAAUUUUGGGCUAGCAAUAAUCAUCUCAGUGAUUUUGAAGAACUCUCGUCGCAACUUUCACACCUUAAAAAAUUGACGACAGUUUAUUUGGAAGGAAAUCCUUUGCAAAAAGAACAACCAUCUUUAUACAGACUCAAAGUGAAAAGUCGCUUACCGCAACUUACUCAAAUAGAUGCUAC